ACGGCCGAUCAAACUUGGCACCUGCACGUCUGGGUAGGCGAAGGUGCAACUGCCGACGAAGUGGGUUCAGCCGGGAUGGCAGCUGCAAAGAUCGACAUAGCACUGGGCGGUCGUGCAACACAGCAUCGAGAAGUACAGAAGCACGAAUCAUCGCUGUUCCUUUCCUACUUUCCUCAUGGAAUCAGCUAUCCGUAUUUGAACGCCUUUGUAGAGCCUACUUUCAUCUAUCAAGUGGACUGUAAACCUGAGUCGCUAAAUCUCUGUGACGUUUUUAUAUUAGAUCUUGGUAGAGAGAUCUACAUUUGGAUGCCUCCGGAAACUGGUCGCCUUGAAAAAAUCAAGGACGCUUUUAUUCUUGACGCUAGAGGCGGUGUAUACGUAUGGCUUGGCAAAGGAUGCACCCCAAACGAAAGGGCCAGGGCAUUGCAAUGGGGCGAAAACUAUAUCAAACAGCAGAAUUUGCCGCAGUGGACUCAAGUUACUUGCAUCAAAGAAGGUGAUGAGACGCCCUCCUUCACGCGAUGGUCAGCUCCUUUUACUUUGAGACGGUGUCGAAAAAUUUUGAUCAAUAAUUCAAGUCCAAGAGAGACAGUCCCACAAAUAGCGUUUUAG